GCAUCGCCUCCUCUGCUUCGUUUCCUUCUCCAGCAAGCACCCGACCACAACACACACGCGAGCUCCUCGAGAGAGGAAAAAAACCCAACCCCGAAUUCGGCGGCGGCGGCGGAGGCGGAGGCGGCGAUGGACCCCUCGUCGGCGGGCGCGGGCGGCAACUCGCUGGCGUCGGCGUCGUGCGGCGACGCGCAGAAGCGGCGGGUGUGCUACUUCUACGACCCGGAGGUGGGCAACUACUACUACGGUCAGGGCCACCCGAUGAAGCCCCACCGGGUGAGGAUGACCCACGCGCUGCUCGCCCACUACGGCCUCCUCGCCCCGGCCAAGAUGGAGGUGCUCCGCCCGCUCCCCGCCCGCGGCAUCGACCUCUGCCGCUUCCACUCCGACGACUACGUCGCCUUCCUCCGCGCCGUCACCCCGGAGACCCAGCUCGGCCAGGUCCGCGCCCUCCGCCGCUUCAACAUCGGCCCGGACUGCCCCGUCUUCGACGGCCUCUACGCCUACUGCCAGACCUACGCGGGGGCCUCCGUCGGCGCCGCCGUCAAGCUCAACCACGGCACCCACGACAUCGCCAUCAACUGGUCCGGCGGGUUGCACCACGCCAAGAAGUCCGAGGCCUCCGGCUUCUGCUACGUCAACGACAUCGUCCUCGCCAUCCUCGAGCUCCUCAAGCUCCAUGAGCGAGUUCUGUAUAUUGAUAUUGAUAUCCAUCAUGGAGAUGGAGUUGAGGAGGCAUUCUACACAACAAACAGGGUUAUGACAGUCUCAUUUCACAAGUUUGGGGAUUAUUUCCCGGGAACAGGGGAUAUCCGCGACAUUGGGUAUUCAGAAGGGAAGUAUUACUGCCUGAAUGUCCCGCUGGAUGAUGGAAUUGAUGAUGACAGCUACCAGUCCAUCUUCAAGCCGAUCAUCAGCAAAGUCAUGGAGAUGUAUCGUCCUGGUGCAGUCGUGCUUCAGUGCGGCGCUGAUUCGUUGUCCGGUGAUAGGUUGGGCUGUUUCAAUCUCUCAGGGAAAGGUCAUGCUGAAUGUGUUAAGUUCAUGAGGUCUUUCAAUGUUCCGUUGCUUCUUCUUGGUGGUGGUGGAUAUACCAUAAGAAAUGUUGCACGCUGCUGGUGUUACGAGACAGGAGUUGCACUUGGUGAAGAGCUACAGGAGAAGUUGCCUUACAAUGAGUAUUAUGAAUAUUUUGGUCCAGAAUACAGUCUUUACGUUGCAGCAAGUAACAUGGAGAACAGAAAUACAAACAAGCAACUGGAGGAAAUAAAAUGCAAUAUUCUGGACAAUCUUUCAAAACUUCAACAUGCACCUAGCGUCCAAUUUCAAGAGCGAAUUCCUGAAACAAAGCUACCUGAGCCAGAUGAAGAUCAAGAGGAUCCAGAUGAAAGGCACGACCCUGACUCUGAUAUGGUGUUGGAUGAUCACAAACCUACGGGACACUCAGCAAGAAGCCUUAUUCACAACAUCGGAGUAAAGAGAGAAAUUACUGAAACAGAGACCAAAGAUCAGCAUGGUAAGAGAUUAACAACCGAACAUAAAGGACCAGAACCGAUGGCAGAGGAUCUUGGUUCCUCCAAGCAAGCUCCUACUGCGGAUGCAAAUGCGGUGGCCGUCAACGCGCCAGGCAACGCCAGGAAUGAACCGGGAAGCUCACCCAAAUGACCGAACCCACCAGCAGCUAUGCACCAGAAGACCAUGAUUUAGCUACCUUCAGGACACGAGCUCUCUGUCAAGGUUUCCUGCAUGCUCUUAAGUUGGCAGAAACUGGAGUUGAUCUGUAUACUGCAUCUUGACAUUUCAAACUUAAAAAUCGACACAAAUCAAGAGCAAACACUGUUUGAUUGUUUCUUCUGUAGGAGUUUACCAUUGUUUCUUUUGUUGAAGAAGUCCAUAAUGUUCAGGCAAUACUGGACGUGGAGGCAUUAGUCUGACUGACCAAUGUAGUACAAAACAAAACAUGUAACGUGAAGCAAGUUAAAAUGUACAGUCUGUUAGACUGUUAGAUGGAGAUAUGGAAUUUCAGGCGAAAA